UUGGAGCACUAGUAAAUUGUUCUUUUUUUUUUUGCCUAUUUAUUUUUAACAGUUAGUUUUAAAUAAAUAAUAACAACAACUUGUUAAUGUUAUUUACAAACAACUACUUUGCCCAUCGCUAUAUUCAGCGCCAUUGCAACAAGAUAAAAGGAACUCAAUAUUCGAAGAAAGCGCAUUCAAAAUGAAUAAAUUGUUUCUUGGAAUAUUUUGUUCUGCGUUCAUAAUGGUUUAUGCAAUUGUAUGUCCACCAAAUAUAUGUGAUAGCAUGGAGUGCGAAGAUAUGAGUGAUUGUCAAAAUAAAAAUGGGAGAGUAAAAAAGAAUGGUGGUUUCUGUGGAUGCUGUGAUUUGUGUGUUAUACAGUUAUAUAAAGGAGCAGAUUGCCCUAUUCCCAUUAAAGGUGUUCCUCCUACAAGUGAAUGUACUACAGGUCUUCAUUGUGAUAAUGCUACCAACACAUGCAUCAAGUCAUGAGCAAAUUAACGGAAAUUCGAUAAUAAAUAUUAUACUUACAAAGAUUAAUGCAAAUUGUCUGUUAUUUUAAUAUAAAUUUGGAUAAAAUUAUAUUUUUC